GAUAACAUGAUAAAAAGUAGUAUGCAUGAUGUUUUGCUGAGGCAGUUUACUUAUGAAGCUAAGAAGGAUAUAGAAACCGAAUUUUUGUUAACGAUUUGAUGUACUGUUCGCGUUGUUAUUUUGUAAAAGUUAUUGUUGGAUUUUUCGUUUAGACGUACAUAGUUUUCUAUCCAGCGGAUUAAUACUAUACAUUUCCUCAGCAUCAGUAACAUCACCGAGUAUUAGUUGUUGUGACAGGAAACUAAUCUAAAAUGGCUGACCAGUUGACUGAAGAACAAAUUGCUGAAUUUAAGGAGGCGUUCAGUCUUUUUGACAAGGAUGGUGAUGGCACAAUCACAACAAAAGAGUUGGGAACAGUAAUGAGGUCCUUGGGACAGAAUCCUACAGAAGCAGAGUUACAAGACAUGAUUAAUGAGGUGGAUGCCGAUGGUAAUGGAACUAUAGACUUUCCAGAAUUUCUCACCAUGAUGGCUAGAAAAAUGAGAGACACAGACUCAGAAGAAGAAAUUCGUGAAGCAUUCCGUGUAUUUGACAAAGACGGUAAUGGAUUUAUUAGUGCAGCUGAAUUGAGACAUGUGAUGACAAAUCUAGGAGAAAAACUUACAGAUGAAGAAGUAGAUGAAAUGAUUAGAGAAGCUGAUAUUGAUGGUGAUGGUCAAGUAAACUACGAAGAAUUUGUGACCAUGAUGACCUCUAAGUAAAGACUGACUGCUACAUAUUUUUUACCAAUUGUGGGACUAGUUGUUGAUGUCAUGUUGGGUGUGAACGGAUGUGGACAGUAUUUCCAGUUUUACAGGCUCUGUCGCAGGAAUACAAAGAGCAUUAUUAACAAACUGCCUUGUCAGAUUCAGUUCAUGUUCAGAACUUUUAAAUGAUUCCAAGUAUUCAUUGGCAAGUCCCGAAAUGUUGUACUGUGAAUUUUUAAAUAUCUAACAAAUAUAAAGAAAUGAUUGACUAUUCUAUUAAAUUAAACGAACAAAAAGAUACUUUCUUAUUCACAAUCCAAUAAAUCAUUUUUUAUUUCUGUAGGACUUACCGAAUUAGAUACAUUUAUGUUCAUGUUUGCGGUUUGGUGUGUUAUUUACAAACUUUGUAUACUAUGAAUUGAUAAGUCAUAAUUUCAUAUGAAUUGUACUUUUAUUCAGUGCCUAUUUAAGUGGUAUAUCGAAUUUGCUAUAAAUGAUGUUAUUUUAUUAUUUUAUAUCAUUGUCAAGUAUAUAUUGUUUUGGAUUGUGAAUGAUUUUUACGUGCAAUUUUUUCUUGGUGUAAAUGUUUUAGAAGUUAUAUACUUGGGGGAGAAAUAUGUUGCAUCCAUCAAAUUCUGUCAUCUGGAAAAAAGAAUGUGCUCAUCCAUUUUCUGAGUAAUUGUGAUAUAUUUGUCUUAAUUUUGUUUUAAAAACUUGCAUUCCAUCUUGGUUGACAAGCUUUCUGUUUUUAAUAAUUUUUUUUUUAAAUCAGGAUAUUCAUUAUGAUGGAUUUGUCCAUGAUUAAGGCGUAAACCUUAUUGUUUAGAUUGCCUGUUUUUAUAUUUCUUAAUUUUCUUUUAUAUAUAUAUGUAUUUUUAUAGGGCCUUUCACUGGUUAUCGCAAAAGAAAAUCAUUUUUUAGGAAACCCUUUUUAUAACUAAGACAAUUUCUUAUGGGAAUUAAAAGUUGCUUUUUGUCUACAUUUGAGCAAUAAUGUAAACAUUUGACUAGAUGUAUGUUAUUGUUGAACACAACCUUUUAAACUACUAGUCAAUGUCAUUUAAAUAGUCUGGCUAUGACAAGUCAUUUUCCAGGUCAUUUUAUUUCUUGUCACAUUCUACAUCUUUUACACUCUUUCUAUUUAUUGUUCUUUAUGUACAUAUGGCUUCUUAAAGAUGAAAAUAAAAUUAUAAAUUCUA